CAAACAUGAAGCUAAGACUGGUAGCGCUAGUGCUAGCGGUAGCGUCGGUGUACGCUUGCUCGUCGGCGGCAUCAGCGUUCGCGGGGGACGACGUCGUCCGUGUCGCGCUAAAGCAUGUCGACGCUGGGAAGCAGCUGUCCAGGCCCGAGCUGAUCCGGCGCGCCAUGCGGCGGAGCAAGGCGAGGGCGGCCGCGCUGUCCGCGGUGAGGAACCGCGCCCGCUUCUCUGGCAAGAACGAGCAGCAAACGCCCGCCGGCGUGCUGCCGGUGCGCCCGUCGGGGGACCUCGAGUACGUCGUCGACCUCGCCAUCGGCACGCCGCCGCAGCCCGUCUCGGCGCUGCUCGACACCGGCAGCGACCUCAUCUGGACGCAGUGCGCGCCGUGCGCCAGCUGCCUCUCGCAGCCGGACCCGCUGUUCGCCCCGGGGCAGUCGGCGUCGUACGAGCCCAUGCGGUGCGCCGGGACGCUCUGCUCCGACAUCCUGCACCACAGCUGCGAGAGGCCCGACACGUGCACCUACCGCUACAACUACGGCGACGGCACGAUGACCGUGGGCGUGUACGCCACGGAGCGCUUCACCUUCGCGUCGUCGGGCGGCGGCGGGCUCACGACGACUACCGUCCCGCUCGGCUUCGGGUGCGGCUCCGUGAACGUCGGCAGCCUCAACAACGGCUCCGGCAUCGUGGGCUUCGGCCGGAACCCGCUCUCGCUCGUGUCCCAGCUCUCCAUCCGCCGCUUCUCAUACUGCCUCACGUCCUACGCCAGCCGCAGGCAGAGCACCCUCCUGUUCGGGUCCCUGUCCGACGGAGUCUACGGUGACGCCACGGGCCGCGUGCAGACCACGCCGCUCCUCCAGAGCCCCCAGAACCCGACCUUCUACUACGUACACUUCACGGGCCUGACCGUCGGCGCCAGGCGGCUGCGGAUACCGGAGUCAGCGUUCGCGCUCCGGCCCGACGGCUCGGGCGGCGUGAUCGUCGACUCCGGCACGGCGCUCACGCUCCUCCCAGCCGCGGUGCUCGCGGAGGUGGUGCGGGCGUUCCGCCAGCAGCUGAGGCUGCCGUUCGCAAACGGCGGCAACCCCGAGGACGGCGUGUGCUUCCUGGUGCCCGCGGCCUGGCGGCGCUCGUCGUCGACGUCACAGAUGCCGGUCCCGAGGAUGGUGCUCCACUUCCAGGGCGCGGACCUCGACCUGCCGCGCCGAAACUACGUCCUGGACGACCACAGGAGGGGCCGCCUGUGCCUCCUCCUGGCAGACUCCGGCGACGAUGGCUCCACGAUUGGCAACCUGGUGCAGCAGGACAUGCGCGUGCUCUACGAUUUGGAGGCAGAGACCUUGUCGAUCGCUCCGGCACGAUGCUGACACGCGCGCAACUAGUAGAAAGGCCGCCGACUACUCGACUACUCUCACUGUAUGCAAGUUAGUGUUAACCAUGCAAAUGCAUGCC